GUUGGAGGGGCGGGACUGGGCGGUACCACUGUACCACUGUUUCUGGAUUUUGUUAUUUGUUUAUUGUGUUCGCGAUUACUGUGAAAAGGCCGAGAAAGUGGUAUUUCAGGAUAUUUUUGCUUGUAUUGGCGUUUUUCAAGACUCGUUGCUCGUCUCCAGUCCAUUGUCCUUUUACUUGACUGUGUGAAGUGGCGUGCCAUAACCUCAUUUUGUAAGGCCAAAACAAAAUUAUUACAUUCAUUAUUGAAUCAAUCAUUUGUGCUUAACUGGAUUUCAUCUGAUCUCAAAAAAUGGAAAACACGUUCGUUACGAAUAGUAACAUCACUAUUUACGUCUGGUCGACAUAAAAGGCUUGCUUCCGAUCCUGACAUUACAAGAGCUGUGCGCGAUGAACGACCUAGAUCGACAGCUCGCCGAAUUGGCGCUGAUAAAUCAAGCAGAAUUGGCUCCAGGGAAAAAAGUGGGGCCUGCUGUACCGCCAAAGCCAAAAAAGAAUCAGCCACAGGUGCCACAGUCGUACACCCUAAAACAAAACGUGGAGCCGAGGUACGCUUCCCGCAUCCAAACCCACCAGCUAUAUUCGAACCUUCCUCCACAGACACCGUCUCAGUCCUGUUACGCGAACGCCUCAACGCUAGCAGCUAACGCGAAGUAUAAAGAUAACAAUUAUGCUAACUUUCCAAGGGACUUGGAUACUGCCAGCCAGUACUCAAAUCUGCCCAGAAGCGCAUCAGCCAUGAGCAGUGCCUCGCAAACGAGACAAGGGUACGAUACGAAUACGCUGUCACAAAGCCUAGCUUCGCAGAGUGAAUAUGCACCUUCAACGUGUUCACUGUCGAGACAGACUUUGAAUCACAGCUUAGGCCCGCGGGCGUAUUCCAAACCAGAACAUGUCACCUACAGCAACGUACAGGUUGCUAAUCAAAUGAGGAACAGAGAUGGCUUAGUCUACAGUAAUCUUAUACACCCUCCUAGAGAAGGUGGAAAUGUUUACAGCAACCUUCCUCCUAACAGUAAUGCUUAUACGAAUGGGGACGAUUUGCCACCCCCUCCGUUAGACUUAACCUCAGGUUUAGCUGACUAUGCUCCAUGUACAGUAAAUACAAAUCUACCGCCACCUCCCGAUGACCUACUACCACCUCCAUCUCCAGUCAGUUCCAGCUAUAGUGAACUGAGGAGAGCUACACAGCCUGGACAGGAUUAUCAUAAUUACAGUAUCGGAACACAGCCUCCGGAUGCAGACUCAUCUUAUGGUUAUGGCGGUAUGUCGCAGUCCUCUUCGACGUACGAAUCCAUCUACGAACCAAUCAACCCCCGUCCAGCCAGCCAGUUAUCCUCCAGGUCCAACCUCUCGCUGUACGCGUCGACGGGAGGCGGUGGGGCGCAGCCCCAGGUGAGGACAGGCAGCAGAGCUGGGGGGACACUGCCAGGUGGCAAGGAACGUGAAGUGGAAUGCCUAACCGAGAUGCUGGUCAGAGGCAUGAGAGGAGAUGCCGGUGCCGAUGAUAAUGAAGAGGACGUUUACGGGACGUGUGUCAAGUGCGGAGAGAAGAUUAUUGGGGAAAACAGUGGCUGCACUGCGAUGGACCAACUCUACCACACAAAAUGCUUCACCUGCCACCAGUGUGCAAUAAACUUACAAGGAAAACCGUUUUACGCUCUAGAAGGAAAUCCUUAUUGCGAGGAAGAUUAUUUGAACACGCUAGAAAAAUGCUGCGUCUGCCAGAAACCCAUAUUGGACAGAAUAUUGCGGGCAACAGGAAAACCAUACCAUCCAAAAUGCUUUUGCUGCGUAGUAUGCGGUAAAAGCCUCGACGGCAUUCCGUUCACUGUGGAUGCUACGAAUCAAGUACAUUGCAUCGAAGAUUUCCACAAAAUAUUUGCGCCAAGAUGUUGGGUAUGUAAGCAACCUAUAAUGCCAGAACCAGGGGAAGAAGAGACUGUAAGGGUGGUAGCAUUAGAUCACAGUUUCCACAUCCAAUGCUACAAAUGUGAGGAUUGUGGGCUGGUUCUAUCAUCAGAAGCGGAGGGCAGAGGUUGUUAUCCAUUAGACGGCCAUGUUCUUUGUAAGAGUUGCAACGCAAAACGCGUGCAAGCUCUUACUAGUCAUAUGACUACAGAGCUCUAAAAGCUGCGUAAAUUACCAUAUUAUUAUAUCAUUAUAUUUAUUUUUACCUUACGAGGAAAGCGCUUGUAAAUGUGAGUGUUCCUAAACGCAAUUUUACUUCCAUUCCCCAGGUAAUAUACUAAGCAUCUUGCCCUUUAUCUUAAGAUAGUAUCUUCCUCAUUUUUGCUUUCCAACUUCCUUCCAUUCCUCUUCUUUCUCUUUUCGUUUUUUGAAACAUGUUUGACAAUGACUUUACACGUAGUCACUUUUCAAUUGAUUUUUUUCUCUAUAAAUAAGUGCUUGGUGGAACGUAAGCACUCUUAGGAAAGAAAAUUAGAGAGAUAGAGAAACUUUUCUUCAUAUGACUUUCUGGUAUCAAAAACUAUGCUUGUUAAUCAGUGCUCCUAUUUCUUUUUCAUAUUAUGGCAAAAUUCCUUUCUGAUUAUGGCGCAAUAUACCAGAACGAAGCUGAUGUUACCAUGCGCGUAAUUUUUAAACAAUACUGCCUGCUUUUUCUGUUCGUCAUUGUCAGUCAUAGAGGAUCGUAGGCCCUUUACUUUUAGUUAAAGUACUGUCGGUCUGUCAGGUGUGUUUACCCGAUAUUAAAGUCAUUGAGAAAUAGAGGAAAACGAAAGUGGAGAGCGAAGAAAAGGAAGUGCGUAAAGAUUGGUUGUCGUGGCUUUCUUUGGACCUAAAAUUGCCUACAGUUCCAGCCGCGGUCUUGCGGGCUCGCAAACUUACUCGACUGCGUAGUCUACUGGCUCACGCAACAAAUAGCUCGAUUUUUUUGUCAUAGUUAAAUAUUUCAUGUGACAAAAAACGAAACAUUGUCGACAUACAAGAACAAAUUUAAUUCCAAGUUCUGGUAACCUUCAUGGAGUUGCGAGCAGUGUACAUUCCAAAUUUUUCAAGGCACUAUGAUUCAAGGGGAGAAGAUGGUCUUAGAGUUUUUAUACAUGUAAAACAUUCUGGAUUCUAUGCAAUUUCAAGUACUACACAAUCAAAUCUGAAAUAUCGAUCAGAAACAGCGAUUGAAAUUGUUUGUGAUAAUUGAUAAAAGCCAAUUUAACAAAACAGCUUUUUGCUUUUUAUUCUGGAAGCAAUACUUGCCAAAAUACAACAAUAAAUCAGAAAAGCACAUCUUGGUGGUUUUCAAAGUUUUUUAACGGAGUUGCACACUUCAUCGGACUGGCGUUUAUCACUAUUUUUGUGGGGGAACAAUUACAACACGCUGCUUAAGAAAACUUCCGCUUUUAGCGGAAUAUGUGAAAAUUACGAUAUUUAUGUUAAAACUUAACGAAAUUUUAUAGUGAAGACAUUUAUUUAACAAUCUGGGUUGUUAUUCGAUAUAAAAUAUAAGAGUCUGUAUCAGCGGUCGGCGACCUUGGAGAGUCAAAAAUAAAGAAAAAGGAGCCACCACUGUGGAAUUAAUUAUAUUACUUUAUUUUAUAAAAAAUGAGGAACAAUAACGAAAAAAUGAACAUAACCAUUUUAUAUAACAUUAUGUAUUUAGUUACAUAUUUUUUAAUAAUUAUUUAUUUAGUAAGCAUAUUUAGGUAUAUAACACUAAGACCUGAUUUUAUUAUUGACCAGGGGGAUGUAAAAUCUUGAUCCGGAUCAUGAUAGACCUAUGAGAAGGAAUUUUUGUAGUAAUGGAUCAAUUGGAUAUACUCAAUUUUUUCUAAAAUACCUCUCAAGCUAGCGAACAAAUAUACGUUUUGACGUCGGUGCGAUUUUUCGGUUUUUUUCCGAGUUGCCGUUAUGUUUAGGUAGAAAGCGAUACUGUUUCUGAAACUAGAAACUCGGCGCUUUACGACCGAGUACGAACCAUCGAGAUAUGAGGACAAAAAACGAUUGAAAAGUCAAGUUGAAAAAAAUUUAGUUUUUUGCAGGGAACCUAACUUUCGCCAUUUGUAAAAAUGUCGUCUCAUUCGAUAGCUAAAUGAUGAGCGGGCCCUAUAGCGUAGCCCCUUUUUCGAUUCGCGUCUCAGUUUUUUCUAGAAAUUUUCAAAGGACAAACUAGAAAACUUGCGAAUUUUCGUUGGAACGCCGAUAUCUCUUCUAUGCCAAAGAAAAAUGAAAAUUUGCGCUACGCAUUUUGUACAUCUAAACGAGUACUAUAAAUGACCUAGAGAGAGUUUUUUCCGUUUAGGACACCCGUUUCGAAUAAAAAAUUUCAAAUGUUGAAAAAUUUGCUUUUUCUGAUCUUAAACGCCCUUUUCGAUAUUCAGGAUCUAUCUACUCUGAAGAUAAUGGAGAUACAGACCUAGCGAUUUUUGCAUAUCAAAGCCCACAUUUCGGACUCCAGUUUAAAGGUAUUUCGCCCCCAUAUUAAAAUCACGGAAAUUCUUUAUAAAUCACCUGGUUUGGUUACAUUCUUUCAGUUGAUCCGGAGAUCAAAACCUACGAUCCGGAUCAACAAUGGCCAAUUAGACAGCGUUUUCAUAAAACUGCAAGCUUGUAAUAAAUUAAGAUAGCAGGUCCCGGUGCGAAUACUGUGUUUAUGCAUUGAUUAACAUAUUCCUCAUGGCGUUGAAUCACCCUAAUUAGCGAACGAAUUUUCUAGUAUUCCUUUUUUCUCUACUCUUGACAGUUGAUACAUUUGUAGUGCUGCCAAGCUAACAACAGUAAACAUGAAUAAUAUGUAUCAACACAGAAUUGUUUGAAACGAAAAAUCUAACGUUUAUUUUGUGGAUCUACCUUACAAUGUUUCGUUGAACAGUUUGAUGUGGUAGCGCUGGACAGCAGAGCUUAUGAAACGCAGCACUUUUUUGGUUCGAUACGGCGAUUAGAGGAGGCGCUUCUUAUACAAAUCGUAUAUUUUUCGCUAGGUUGAGAGACAUUUUAUUCAUUAGAUCCAUUACCAGAAAGAUGCCUUCUCAUCGGUCGAUUAUGAUCCGGAUCAAGAAUUUUGCACUCCUGUUAGUAAAAUCGGGCUGCCGAUCGCUGGUGUAUAUAAUGGAAUCGUGUACUUGUGCAACCGUAAAUAUAUUAGUAAGAUUGGUGGAUACCAUUAGAACUGUGUGCUGUGUUAACAUAGUGAUAGUAGCUUGUUGAAAAUUUAUUCUAGUUGUAAAAUAUGUAUACCAUAACCCAUCAUAUCCAAACGAAUUUAUGUAUAGUGUAAUGAUGACGAUUUUGGUUUUUCUUUUUUGUAUUCAGCUAAUCUACAUUCCAUUACUGCGUUGAUUCCAUUGACUUGAAUUUAGGUUGACUGGCGCAGCGCUUCUUAUCCGAUAAAGCAUUUACUUUAAGUUACGCAUAUGUAUAUUAAUUCGUAAAUGUAUGCUUAUUGUUCAUGUGAUUUAGUAUAGCUUUGUAUAUAAAACCAUUCUGCCCGUAA